AUGGCUGCUCGAACAACUCAGCCUCGGGCAAACCUUUCCCUACUAUUUCUCGCGACCGCCCUAGCAGCAACCACCUUCGCCGCCACAGCCGCAGCUGCCGGCGACAAUCUCGCGUUCGGCAAGCAGUACCCCGCGCGCAACCCGAGCAAGUGCCCCGCCGUGAAGCCAAUCAGCAGCCUGAACGUGGCGCGGCUGAAGGGGCGGUGGUACGAGGUGGCGGCGUCUUCGGCGCACAAGUACACGGCGGAGCUCGGCGCGGCGUGCACCGCCUUCGAGUUCGACGCCGCGCCCAAGCAGAACGGCCUCAACGCCAUGCGCGUCACGCGGCGAGGCGUCGAGGCGGUGGGACCCGUCCGCGCAACGCAGGUCGGCACCAUCGCCUCAGCCUCCCUCCACUCGGCGCGCAACUUGCGCGGAGUGUGCUCCGCCAUCGCCGGUCAGAAACUCCCCACGGAGCUCUCGUACGCGUCGCUCGUCGACCAGGCGAAACUCGGCCUGCCGGCCGCCGAUUUGGACGGCAAAACUGCCGGCCUGACGUCCACCAGCCUCUCCGUCAUCUCCGCGUCGCUAGGCCAGAUCUCUGCGCAAGCUGGCGCGAUUCACGCGAGGCUCGCGCGCAUCCAGACGGAUCUCGCGCCGGUGAAUCAGCUGCUAAACGCCACGCUCGCCCUGCAGCGGCAGGCGUCCGCUGUGGGCACGCUAGCCGUGUCCGCAGCCAAGAUCGGCCUCCUCUCCUCCCUCGCCACUCCCGCCGCCGCCACGCUCUUCGAGUCACCCGUCAACCUCACCCAGGCCGUGAGCGUGCGCGGCACCCUGGUGCAGGGGAAGCAGGGCGACGGCAGCGUCGCGAUGAAGUUUGGAGGGGAUGCUGCUGUGAGAUACGCCGUGGUGCAUGCCACGCCGGGAUUUGAUUUGGUUGUGCUGUACGGGUGCUCUGCGGCCAACCGAGCCAAGCUCGCUGCGACGGAAGGACAGGCCAAGGUGUUGGUGCUGGCAAGGCAGCGGACAGUGUCUGCAAAUGAGCUCUCAAGCGUGGAGGCGGCACUGCAGGUCAAGGGUGUUGUGCUGGGAGGUGCUAACGUGCUGGUUACCACCGACCAGUCCUGCCCGUAA